ACGUGAAAGGGUAGAGGUUGUUCCUCGCGCAUCUCUUCACACAUUUGAAGCUACAGAUUUUACUAAGUUAGUUCACGUUAGCUGUAGCUGUGUUAUUGUCACUGUGACAGCCGUUGAACAUGAAUUGGGUUGGGGGUUCAAGGAGCCGGCUAGUGAUGAAGAAUGAUGCAAAAAGGCAGAGAGAGUUCUUUGAAAAGAGGAAAAUGCAGCAGAGAUUGAAGAACUUGGGAGUCACUGUGCCAGCAUCCCCUCAAAGCAGUAGUGCUGCUAGUAUGGACCUGGUGACUCUGUUCAUAGUCAACCAGAUUGCUGCUAAGAAAGAAAAUAAAGAGCCUCCUAAAGUGGCAGUUCUUGGCAGCUAUAAAGGAGGAUCUAAGCAUAAGAGAAAUGAGCCCCUGGUACUUCCCAUGAGCCCCUGCUCUCCAUCACAGCUUAGUUUUGUUGAGAGCCAAACUCAAAACAGUCUUCAAGCAACAAGAAAGAGAAAGCACGUUAUUCCACAAGGGUUCAAGUGCCGGCAGCUGUCACCAGUGCCGGAGUCAGGUUUCUCAGACAACAGUGCAUCUGACUACCUGCCACCCAUAACCGACCCCCUCAGCCCCUUCUCCUCCACCUCAUCAGCUUCCUCAGCCAAUUUAGGCCAAAUCAAACUGGUCUCCUCAGGAAUGUUCCCCCUACAGCUGAAUCUCCAGCAGAGAAGCCAGACACAGGCAGCGCUCCCUCCCGACUGCUCCCCUCUACCCUGGAACACCUCGGGCCUGGAGCCGACCAAGGAGUAUCAGCCUUUCUCCCAGCCCAGAGGUAUGACAAACCGUAUCCCCUGGUCCUGUGGAUCAAACCUACCCAUCUACCAACUGGAGACACCCACUGCAGCCCGAGUCCUGUUUAGAAGUCCAGAGCCAGAUAACACAGAGGCCAGGGACCAUGAAAGAUACGACAUCACCUUCUCUCUCAACCAACCAGACGACAGGCAGCACAUGUUGAACUUCACUCUCAACCAGUCAGAAACUGAGCAGCAGAUCGAGGAAGCAGACGUCUUUAGGGGCUUCAGUACUGAGGAAUGUGAAAGAGAAGCCACUCCUUUUGGAAGAGGAAAAUCAAAGAUAUACCUCAAAGAUGAAACACCAGUCAAAUCUUCAACACCACAAACUUUCCCUGACUCACCAGGUGUGGGACUGAAGCUCUCCAACUGCACUGACAUGAACUUUUCAUGUCUUGAACACAACAAUGGCCCCAUGAAUGGUUGUGACUAUUCGCCAAGUUACUCUUGUAGAGGUUACCUCAGUUCAGAUGAUGAAGAAGAACGCUGUGAGCCAUGUCUCCAGGCUGCCUCUUCAUAUAUAAACCAAACCUGUUGUUCAGAGAGCCUAAAACAAAACUUGGACUCACAGGGGAAUACAAAACAAAGGCACACCCAACCCAGGCCUCUCUCCCUGCUCCUAAAACCAAAAACAAACUUCAGAGAUGAUCAGAUUAUGGAGAAUGUGGCUCAUCCAGAUAAAGCCUUAGGAUGUAAUGGCCAACAGAUGGAAAGCAACACAGCUCAGUUAGACUUUCCUCUGGCUCAAACUCAGAGCCCAGAGCCGUGCAAAUGCAAGAAAACAUCCAACGAAACUCGAGAUGCAGGAAGUCAAACUGUCGACCCCACAGCUGAGACAUGUGACGCAUCGACUCAGUGCAGCUUUGUUGCAGACAGCGCGACCAAAACCACUGAGUUCAACUUGUGCCUGCCACCUGUUGAUGUGUCAGUACAGCAUUCAGCCACAGGGGGGCAGACUGAUACUGCCACAGAGCCAAAUACACACACACCUUCAUCCAGCCAGGCCAGGAGUGGAGGGAGGCACACGCCCUGGAGCAAGAACAUAUCCAAGGCUGGUUCCCUAUCAGGCAGCGGUAUUAUAAAAGAACUCACCGCUGACAACAGAGAUGGCAAAGUGAUCCUACAGAGACCCAUAACCCCUUUUCUAGAUGCCCUGAGCAUGACCGACAGCAGAGAGGGCAGAGAUGAGAGAGGGCAACAAGAAAAUGGCUGUCUGAUGAAAGGCCUCUCCAACCGAGUGAGGGAGGAGGUCACAUCUGUCACCAGAGUUAACAGACUCUCACAAGAGGCUGAAACACUUCAGGAAAUAGCUGACAUUUUGCUCCUGCUCAAACAGAAGGAGAAGUAGGGAGAAGUAGGGAUGGGAAGGAAGGAAGGAAGGAAGGAAGAUGGAUGAAGGCAGCAGGAAAUAUAAAAACAUACGUGUUCUGGGUGUGUUUUCAAAUUCAAAGCAUUUAAUAGUUUGUUUUUAAGCAUAUAUAAACCACAUAAAAUAAGGAUAGUGUUUGUUCAAAGUGUUAUGAAAUAAAGCCCCAAAGCUUUA